AUGGCAGAAGCAUCUUCCCUAUCGCAGCGACCGCCUCCGCUCGAUGGUCCCUACAUCCUCCGCAAGCUUGUCGCAAGCCUACCGCUGUCUGCUGACGGCCCCUCUACUGACGCGCGCAUCACAUGUGUGGAAGUCUGGAACGGUAACCUCUAUGUUGGUACAUCCGCCGCUGAGAUCAUCCACUUUGUCCUACUACCACCGGAAACCGACGACCCUUCCGAAGAGCCUACUGCCAUUAUCGCCUCUAGAUUGGAACCGCCACACAACGACAACAACGGGCCUGGUGUGCAGCAGAUCCUGUUGCUUCCCAAGAUCAGCAAGGCCUGCGUAUUGUGUAACAACACCCUCUCCAUAUACUCGCUACCCGAGCUGAGCCCAGACUCGACAUUCAAACCAAUCGGUUGUCUUUGGGUUGGAGGUGUGGACUUGAACGAGGACAUCGAUGGGUCUGCAGAGGAUGGUGUAGUCGUCGUCAUCGGCCUGAAGAAGCGGUUGCGACUGGUGCAGAUAGCUGAAAACUCCCCCCCGAAAGCGAUCAAGGCAAUCGAAUAUGGAGGCUGCCUUGUCUCCGUGCGCCGAGAUACCUUCUCAUGCGCUGCCGACGCCCACUCGUAUGCCCUUCUGGAUGUCGUACACCAACAGAAGAUAGGCCUGUUCCCAAUCUCAUCCUUGGACCCAGAUGCCAGCGAUGUCGGCGGAGCUGCCGAGCAUUUAGCAACCGUACCUAGUGCACCCUCUAGAAGUGUCUCUUCUGCAAGUCCACAUCCACGAGGUCCAGACGAGCAGCGUGGCCACGCUCGAAGUACCAGUUUAAACGUGCUUGGGCUGGGCGGUCCUUCUAGAACAGCAAGUCCACGGCCUCCGACGCAGCGAUAUGGAUUCGACGUGCCAGAGUCAUUGUCUAGGGAUGUGUCACCAGCCCCAGCACGUUCCUCUGCACAAGCGUCUAUGGGAGGUGAGCAAUCUGAGAGAUCAUCUAGUCAUCCUCGUGCCGGUGCAACCUCACCCGACAAACCUCUACCACCAUCUCCCCCAGGAGAAAAUAGGUUACAAGCUGAGGAGCCUGCGCUACCACAACCGCCGCCGUUCACUCCCUUGAAGCCUCACGUCGCAUCACCAAACCCAAACGAGUUCCUGUUGACGGUCGGCACAACACCUUCUGAUCAAGGAGUAGGCAUGUUUGUCAAUCUGGAUGGGGAUAUGUGCAGAGGUAGCAUUCAGUUCAGUAGUUAUCCUGAUGCCAUCGCCGUCGACGGGUCAGGGAUGGACUUCUCGGCAUCUCUCAGUCCAGACAUGAACGCCGAAGAAGGCUACGUGCUGGCCGUUGUGCACCGAGAGAUCGAGGGCGAUACUGCCUUUGGUGUUGAGAUCCAGCGAUGGGAUGUAGACCCAAGUGCUGGAGAAGUUGAAAAGUACUGGCUCGACUUGAGCCCUUUCGGUUUGCCAGUUCACAGCAAAGGCUCCCACAUAUCGACGCCUAUAGGUAUGCGCACCGUAGUGCAGCCUUACAACCUCGUGAUUCCAGAAGUGGGCGCAAAACUAAUCGUUCGGAAACUGCAAAUUGCUUCGUCCAGAGAAGUAGCAGGAGAGGCCACACUAGUUGCGAAAAGCCAAACAACAGCCGAUCGCGAAUUUGCAGAGCGUCUGUCCAAGCUACAGUCACAGACUGUCGUCUGGGCUGGUGACCAAAUAUGGUGGACGGUACGCAACCCAUUGGUGACCCGGUUGGAUUCUCGAAUUGAGGCUGCACAGUAUGCGCUGGUCGGAAACGUGGCACGCAUUCAGCCGGAUAGGGGGACCAUAGAAACGAUUUUGGGCGACAUUCGAGGACAGGAACCGCGCAACGAGUCCGAAUAUCUCAGUCUCAUAUACAUUCGUCAAAAGGCCUCGCUUAUGCUUUUCAUGGACGUGGUCCUGCGUACGAAGGCCAACAUCAUCAUAUUUGAGAACGAGAAGCGCAUCACAGAACAAGCGCUCAUCGAGGGCGAGAUAGAUCCGCGAGUUGUCUUGAGCCUGAUGCCGAUUCUCUGUCAAGAAGUCGUCCAGGGGUCAGACGGCAUACAGAUUUACGGCGGCAUCACAACGUUAGUGGAACAUUUCUUGCAACAGAAUGACCUCGCAACCAUGUCGACAAACGUCAACGGCCCUUUUGGUGACAAUUUAUUGCACUUCGUAAAACGCUAUCUUCAGUUUUGGAGAAGACGCAAAGGAAUGGCAAGUGUGACUAACGACCCCUCAGUGUUCAGGACUGUCGAUGCGGCGCUGCUCCACAUCCUUCUUCUCUUGGAUCAAGGCAGCCCAAAAGGUACUUCCAGUCCAGGCGCUCAACGAGCAGAACUCUAUGACCUAGUAGAUAAGGAGGUAGAGUGUUUCGACCGUGCUGUUGAAUUGCUAGAGCAGUUCAAGCGUCUCUUCCUACUCAGUCGCUUAUACCAGGGCAACUGCAAGGCUUCCGUCAAGGCGUCCCACGUGCUGGCGACCUGGAAACGAAUUCUGGAAGGCGAAGAAGACAGGGGAGGUGAACUUGUAGAUGGCGAACAGAAGGUGCGCGACUAUCUACGCAAGAUUCGGGACCAGGCACUUGUAGAAGAAUACGGCGCGUGGUUAGCAAAUCGGAACCCCAAACUUGGUGUACAGGUAUUCGCCGAUGAUCAGAGUAGAGUCAAGUUUGAUCCUACCCGAGCUGUUCCUUUGCUGAGAGACAAAGCGCCAGGCGCGGUCAAAGACUACCUGGAGUAUCUUGUCUUCGGCCAAAAAAAGCAUCCUCAGUAUGUGAAUGAACUCAUCGCUUUCUAUCUCGAUAGCGUCAUCACAGAGCUUGAAAAAAACAUCGAAUCGCGAGCGACGCUAUCGCAAAGCUACGAAACAUACCGUAUCCUGGAGCCGCCCAAACCAACAUACUUCUCCUUCAUAAGCGACAAUGCUCUUGGUGCAGAUUGGUGGCAUGCGCGUAUCCGCUUGCUCCAGCUACUAAGUGAGACAUCGUCUUACGAUGUGAACACUGUUUUGUCACGCCUGCGGCCAUAUAAGCAAGAGCUGGUCUCCGAGAUGAUCAUCUUAAAUGGUCGACAAGAACGACACGAGGAAGCGUUGAAAUUACUCACCCAUGGUCUUGGGGACUAUAACACUGCUAUAAGCUAUUGUCUGUACGGUUACGCCUCGAUACAUCGACGUGCUACGCCUGGCGCACCCCCCGUUUCACAUAGUCAGAUACCCACUCGUCCCGAGCAGUCACGCAUGUUUGGACACCUCCUGAAAGAAUUCUUGACCAUCGAGGACCUUUCACAGCGUGUUGAGCGCACAAGUGAACUUCUCGAACGCUUUGGAGGCUGGCUUGAUGUCGCCGAUGUGUUGGCAAUCGUGCCGGACGACUGGUCAGUAGAUGUGUUUUCUGGAUUCCUGAUACAGACACUACGGAAGCUAGUGAGAGAUAAGGCAGAAAGUGACAUUGUGAGAGCUCUCAGCGAUGCGCAGAAUAGUCAGAUGAGCAGCGAACUAGUGGAGAAAAGAGACAAAGUGGGCGCUGCGUUUGAGAACGCGGAUUAG